CGAGCCAUGCUUUGAAUUCAAAUCCCACGGACCAAUCGUGAGCCGUCAAUGCUCCUGGCAGUUUUUUUUAAACUGUUCUCGGGGACUGUUUGUCACGACUGAGUUGAGGUCGAGCGAGCAUCUUUUUAUCAAGCACUUUCCCGUUUGUUUUUUUGUUUUUAAAUUCCAGGACACUCAUUUUAAUCGAGCUAUUGAGUGGGGAGGUGACGCUGGCAUCGCGACGCGGUGAAUUCGCAGCCUAUUUCAGCUCAUUUUUUCCAAAGUGGAGACGGCCGUUUUCCGCAGCCAAGCCAGAAGCAAGAUUUCAAGGCGAAAAUGAGUGCGCCGACCGCCAAGCAGCAGAAGCCGCAAGCGGCGACCAACAAUCCCCCUUCGUCCUCGGCGUUGGCCGCCGCGGCGCUCAAGGAAAUCCCAGAGUUGCUGGUGGACACCCGGGCCAAGCGGCGCUACACUCGCGGCCGCUUUCUGGGCAAGGGCGGCUUCGCCAAGUGUUACGAGAUCACCGACGUGGAGAGCCAGCAGGUGUUCGCCGGCAAGAUCGUGCCCAAGACGCUCAUCAUCAAGCCGCACCAGCGCGAGAAGAUGACCUCGGAGAUCACCAUCCACAAGAGCCUGGAGCACCCCAACAUCGUCGGCUUCCGAGGCUUCUUCGAGGACGACGACUUCGUCUUUGUGGUGCUGGAGAUCUGCAAGAGGAGAUCGCUGCUGGAGCUGCACAAGCGCCGCAAAGCGGUGACCGAGCCCGAAGCACGCUACUACAUGACGCAGUUGCUCCGGGGUGUUCAGUACCUGCACAACAACCGCAUCAUCCACAGAGACCUCAAGCUGGGUAACAUCUUCCUCAACGACGACAUGGAUGUCAAAAUAGGGGACUUCGGCCUGGCCACCAAGAUCGAGUUUGACGGCGAGCGCAAGAAGACUUUGUGCGGCACACCAAACUACAUCGCACCGGAGGUUCUGUGCAAGAAAGGACACAGCUACGAGGUUGACGUGUGGUCGCUAGGAUGCAUACUGUACACAUUGCUUGUCGGUAAGCCUCCAUUUGAGACUUCCUGCCUGAAGGAGACGUACAACCGCAUCAAGAAGAACAACUACACCAUCCCAUGGCACCUCAACCCGGCGGCGGCGUCCCUGAUAAAGCGCAUGCUGCACGCCGACCCGGCCCAGCGGCCGACCAUCGCGCAGAUGCUGUCUGAUGACUUCUUCACUUCGGGCUACAUCCCGUCGCGCUUGCCCACCACUUGCCUGACCGUGGCCCCCCGUUUCUCCAUUGCGCCGUCCACAGCUGCCGAGAUGGCCCAGCGCCAGCCCCUCUCCGCCCUCGGGAACAAGGGAGAGUCGGAGAAUGCAAAGGUGAAGGGUGAGCCGCAGAUGCCAAGGGACGCGGAACCCACCGAGGACAACCUGAAGGACUUGCUGCAGCAGCUCAACAGCUUCCUGAGCGCCAAACCAGCAGAGAGGCUGCCCGUACGCCAAGAGGAGGCCGAGGACCCCGCCUGCAUUCCCAUCUUCUGGAUCAGCAAAUGGGUCGACUACUCGGACAAAUAUGGGCUAGGCUACCAGCUGUGUGACAACAGCGUGGGCGUGCUGUUCAACGACUACACGCGUCUCAUCAUGUACGCCGACGGCGACAGUUUGCAGUACAUCGACAAAACGGCGCACGAGUCCUACAUGAGCGUCACCACAUACCCGUCCACCCUUAACAAGAAGAUCACCCUCCUGAAGUACUUCCGCAACUACAUGAGCGAACACCUGCUGAAGGCGGGCGCCAACAUGGCGCCGCGAGAGGGCGACGAGCUGGCGCGGCUGCCCUACCUGUCGCUGUGGUUCCGCACCAAAAGCGCCAUCGUGCUGCACCUCAGCAACGGCACCGUGCAGAUAAACUUCUUCCAGGACCACACCAAGCUGAUCCUCUGUCCGCUGAUGUCGGCGGUGACGUACAUCGACGAGCGGCGGGACUUCCGUACGUACAAACUGUCUCUUCUGGAAGAGUUUGGCUGUUCCAAGGAGUUCUUCAGCCGCAUGCGUUAUGCUAAACUCAUGGUGGAGAGACUGAUGGACAGCAACAAGUCCGCACACUAAUGCUUGCACACACUUUUUUUAAUGCCUUUCAUCCAUCACACUCUGUCGUUUUUACAUAAGAAUUAUUUUCAAUUCUUAUUGACGUUCUUGCUUAAGUUACUUUUGUAUGUCUUAAAAGUUUUGAAAUUUUACUCCUUAGAGAAUAUGUUGUGCUCAACAUGUUUGUUUGAAUGUUAAAUAAAGCUUGAAGUCAAUCUUGA